UGCUCCCCGGCAGGAAGCAGGAAAUGUAGAUGCUCGGGUGCAGCAGGGAGGCUGCCGGAGCGCCCCUCGGCUGGCAGCGCUGCCGGGGCAGCAUGCGGGGCCCCGGCCUCAUCCCCCUGCUCUCGGCCCUGGCGCUGGCCUCAGCAUCUGCCGCCUCUGACCCUGGAAACGAUGGAUCAGGAGAUGGAUCGAUGAUAUUACCCACUUUUGCAGCAACACAUCUUCCUGCUACGGGUCCUUCAACCGUGGAUGACCACGAGCCAGUACUUGUAACUGCAAGCACUGCUGAAAGCAGCUUUGAUACACAGAGCUCUCCAAGUACUGAACUGAAUGCUGUGAACGAUGAGGACAGCCUGGAAGCAGCAGAACAGUCUAUCUUGAUAUAUGUUGUCCCUGUGGCACUGCUAGUCCUGCUGAUUUUGUUGAUCACAUUUUUUGUAAUGCAUCAUAAAAGGAAAAAGUCCAAGCAAGAUGAGCUGGGAAGUGAAAAUGUAAAAAGUCCUAUUUUUGAAGAAGACACGCCCUCUGUUAUGGAGAUAGAAAUGGAAGAGCUUGACAAAUGGAUGAACAGCAUGAACAAAAAUGGUGACUGUGAAUGUUUACCUACUGUAAGAGAAGAAGAAAAAGAAUCAAUUGCUAACCCAAGUGAUGGUGAAUCAUGAAGUCCUCAGGACAGCAAAGAACUGGCUAAACGGAUGCAGCACACAAGCUCAUCAUUCCCCAGAUAUUGGAAGAACUGUUUUUAAAUAUAAUUCAUCUCAAAAGACCAGAGAAGCAAAUUCUUUUGUUGUGUCCUGCUUUAUAUGGUCUUCAGAAAGGAAACAUCACCAAGGGAAAAGAAGAAAAGGAAAAGAAGGGGAAAAAAAAAAGAAAAGAAAAAAGAAAAGCACUGUAGGAAGAUUAAGGAAUUAUUUAAGUUCUUUUUGCAAUGAGAUUCACCACAAAUCAAGAGAAACCCCUAUUUCACUCCUGCUAGUCCAUUUCUGUCUAGUUCUGCAGUUGUGUAUUGUGCAGCACUUAAAACCAAUUCUGUUCCAGGUUUGGUGGGUUUCUUUGUUUUUGUUUGGUUUUGUGAGUGUUUGUUUCAGUGUCCAUAAUUCUGGAUUGCCCUGGUUUGGUGGAUGUGAAGCUUGUGCCUAUGCAAUGUUUAUUUGUCAAUUUGCUUUUUGUGAACAGUGCACUGAUUUGCACAGGACUGCUGUUGGGAAGGUACCAGGCUAGGACUGACAGACAACUCUGGACAAACAGCAGCUGAAAAGCCUCUCAAAGGAAUAGCCAGAAGAGACUGCAGCCCAGCCAGGGCACAGACUCUGUAGAAAGCUUUUUGGUUUUCAGAUUAAAGGACCUGCAGAAGCGACAGAUAUUAUUUUGAGAUUGCCUUUCAGUUUGUUAUCUCCACAGAUGAGCGCCCUGGGCUAGCUCUCCCUGUGUAACUUUUCUCCCUGCCCAGGGCUGUUCUCUAACCAUCUACUUCAGGAAUAUUCAACUUAAAAACAUCUCUUUUCUUUUUUUUUUCUUUUUUUUUAUGAGUGAGGUUGAAAAAUGGAGCAAUUCAGCAUUCACCUUAAAUACAGAUUUAGAUAAGCAUCUGUUAUGCAUAACUACUUGGUCAAGGUUUUCAGAUACAGGAGGUUUUCUGCUGCUUCUGUUUUUAAAUACUGAGCCUGCAAUAUCUGAAAGACAAGGACUUCUAAGUGUGCCCAGUCACUUUUAGUUACAAUGACAAAAAAUCAGUCUCCUGGGAUACCUCAAGGUGGGAAUAUGAAUGCUGUAACUGUGUCCAUGGAUUUUAGAUAGCGUGUCCUGAGGGACGUAGCUUAAAUAUGUAACACACAUAAAAAUGGAUCCUUGUCUGGCCAAAGUUUCUCUUGCCUUAUUUAAAAUAGCAGUUUCAUAUCCUACCAUAUCUUAUAUCCUCAUAUUCUAUUUAAAUAUAUAAUGCCUUCCCACUGAAUAGAUGUUUAAUGUGAUCAGGUUUUUUUGCCUGCAAAUAAUUCCCUAAUAAGUUACCAUACAUAGCUUGAUUAAAGAGAGAAAACAAAUGCCCCAAGCCUCUGUGAUGGCAUCUAAGUAUCACUAACAGCUGACAAAUACAGAGAAUGGUUCAGCUUUGUUAAUAAUUAAAGACAAGUCAAAAUACAGAAGGAAAAAAUGUUUAGAGCUAACCAUAUUCAUUCAUUAUUGAAUUUCACUUGAUUAGUAAUUUCCUCAAAGAAUAAAAAUUUCUUCACUGUUCCAAAACAAUUUAUUGCACAAAUUGGGUUUAGUAAAUGAGUGAUGGUAAACAAAUUUUUCCUGUUUGGAUGAUUUUUAACUUUGAAAGAAGUGUUCUAAGUUCAUUUUUCACAAUUUUUUUUAAACAUUUCCACUAUUUCCUGACAGUAAACCCAUCAUGUAGAAUAUUGCUUUAAAAGAAUGCAGUCACAGGGGAAGAGAAAGUGAAAGACUGAAAUUUAGAAAAUUUUAAAAAUUGGAGUAGAUAUUUUCUUGUAGCAGUUUUGUUAGCUACUUCUUUCCAACAGACAAAGCUGUUUUGCUCAGGUGUCCUACAAUUUGCAAAGCAGUAACCUGAAGAUGCCCAAAACAGAGAGACUGGGGUUUUUUUAAUGGUACAAGAUAAAAGGCUGUAUAUUAAGAUCAUUACCAGCUGUGUGGUUGGAGGGCAGUCAGUGGGACCCAGCAGUUCACAUCAAUGCCCAGCUGCUGCCUUCUCCCUGAAGCACAGCUGGACAUGUAGAAUAUGAAGAAUAGGAGUCCUUGCCUUUUUUUUUUUUCUUUUUUUUUCUUUUUUUUUUUUUCUUUUGAAAAUGAACCAAAGGUGACAUUGUAUGGCUUAACCUAGUUCUGGCACAUUGGUGACCCACCACCCUGCCCAAGCCACACAGUGAUAUUAGUGCAAUGCACCAACUCAGUUUGCUGUGGCAUUUGAAAAGAGACUGUGCUGUGGAUGUUGAUGGUUUUGGGGUUAAUGUUAAUUCUAGAUGGUCCUUCUCCCAGACAGAAGGCUGUACAGUUCCAAAUAAGUUUCUCAGAGAUUAUAUUUCACUUAUAUAUUUUAUUUUUCAAGUUUACCUUGAGAGAAUGUAUUUUCUGUAAACUUAUGCCAUUAAGCAUUUAUUCUUAUUCCAGUGUUCAUCAGUGAUCAAUCUCUAUAUAAAGCUUUAAAAUCAAUUUUGUCCAGAACUAAUGUCUUGGUUCAAGGUUUAUAAUUAUUCAUGUCACUUUGCCUCUCUAAAUUCUGGCAUGCUAGAGAAUUUAUUUGCCUCUUCAGGAACUUUCCUCAGCAUUUUAAAAUACAAAACAAUGCUUUGGGCACUUCCUUGGCCAAUUCUGACAGAAAUUUUCUCUAUCUGCUGAUUUUUAAAAGUCCAAACUUAAUAUAUGCUGCGUUACUAUUGAAAAAUGUGCCAUUCCAUCAAAUCUCACCUGUCAUUAGGUCCUGUCCUCCUUGUGUGAAACAGACCGAGGGUGAAGCAAUUUGCAUUUCAGUAUAGUUAUGGAUAUUUCUAAUAGAUUCCCUCAGCACUAGACAAAUAAAAUUUUUAUUAUUUCUCUUUUUCCUGAACAUUUAUACAUCACUCUUUUUCUUCCCCUAGCCCUAAACUAUGGAAGGGAUCCCUCAUUUAUCUGAUUCCCCAGCCCAGCUCUGCAUUGCUCUGUUCCACCCCACUGGUCUCUCUUUGAUCAUCACUUUCACACUGAGGUCUGCAUUUGCCACAGCCACUGCCCAACACCUGCUCUCUCACUGACAGCCCAGGUUCAGGGAUGCAGCUGCACCAUGGGCUCUGCUUUAGCCCCUCUCCUCCCUCACCCCAUUUGGUAUUUCCCCCUUCUGCUUGCCCACGUGCCCUUGCUCUCCUGUUUGUUUUACACUUUUCACCCACUCCUGGUCAUUUCCUUUUGCACAGUUUUGCCUCAGUACUUUAAUUUCGUGGGUGGAUUGAAUUACAGGGGAUUUAGGCCAUUUCACAAUUACAUUAAUACAGCCAAAACAUAAUAUUCCAGUUCACUAGUAUUAACUGUACACCUUCUGUUGAUGCACCUUCAUUUUUCCUAAAUCAUUCACACAGUCAGGUCCUCUAACCCACAAAAUAAAAAGGAGAGCAGCCAGACAGCAGAUAAGAUAGCAGCAAACUCUCAGAAUUAUUUUAUCAGCAUGCACUACAGAGUAUUUAAGCCUCUGUGGUAACAUCCUCAUCAUUAGCCUGAUCUGAGCCAACCCAUCUCAUCAUCACCUUGCAACAUCUACAAGUAACUGAUAAUUUAUCAUCCCCCAGCAGAAAAUGAGAAAAAGAAUGGAAACAGGAAGCAUCUCCCACUACAUAUUGUUCUAAAAUGCUUCACAAAUGUGAUGAUCCCUAAGGAAAUGCUACCUCUUCUUCCAUUUUCUUCAAUAAUUUCAGUAGUUAUCCAGCACUUCCAGAUAAUUUGACAUCUCAUUUACAGUGUGAGGCCUUUUUGUCCUGCAGAAAAGCUAUAGAUCCAAAGGAGGAUUUGUCUGAUUUGUCUUAUUACCUAUACAUAGGUAAUAAGAAGGGGAAUUAAGAAUCAACACCUCUCCUAGACAUGCUAAAAAUCAGUAUCUUAAUGAAAUAGAAAUAAGUCCUCCAUAAAGUUACAAACAUAAGGUUGCUGAUAUUACCAGCAGCUAAUUAAUUCAAUAAGAGUCCUGCACUUGUAAAGCACAUAGCCCUAACAUUAACCUCAGCAAAAAGGAACAUUCUUUUAGUUUCCACAUAAUCAUAAGUUAUAGAUUUGUAGAUAACUCUUGGUCUGAGAUUAAAAAAAAAAUUUUUUUUUGUAAUUCCAAACUCAUUGGGGUACCCUAAAUCAAACUUUUGUUACCUUUCUGAUGUGAGACUGCUGUAUAUUCAACUGUUUUAUCAAAUAGCUGUUUCAAAUUAUUUUCUAAUGCAAAUAUUUGAAAGACACAAUAUUACUUAAUUGUAUAUAAGAGUUUGAGAUUUUAAACAGCUUGUGAUA